GCCAGCAGAACCACAGUAGAGAGGAGGGAUCAUCUGUCCCCGCAGCAGAGGGAUCCACCUGUCCCACAGAGGAAGGGGGCCCCCCCACCUGAUCCAUCUGGUUGCAGGGGGGGACCCUGCGUGGCCGGGAAGGCAACAGAGACUAUGCAGCUGGGACUGGUGGCGCUGGCAAUGGUCUUCCUCAGCUCCAUGGGUCACAGCGACGCUCUCAAGCUCUCCAAGGCGAGAAGGCAGAGACGGGUUAGCACUGAGGGGCCGCCAUCUUGCCCCAAAGGCUGUGACCGAUGCUCGGAGUACAAUGGCUGCAUCAAGUGUAAGCCCAAGCUCUUCAUCUUCCUGGAGCGCAACGACAUUCGUCAGAUAGGAGUGUGCCUCGCCUCCUGCCCCGUGGGAUACUUCGGGAUGAGGAACCCAGAAGGCAACAACAGAUGCACCCAAUGUAAAAUAGACAACUGUGAAGCGUGUUUCAAUCGCAAUUUUUGCACAAAAUGUAAGGAGGGCUUGUAUUCGCACAGCGGCCGAUGCUACGUCAGCUGCCCUCCGGAUCAGCUCGCCGCCAACGAGACCAUGGAGUGUGUCGGUCAGCGUGCUGCAGCGUGCAAACUGGGCGAGUGGAGCCCGUGGGGUUCCUGCAUGAAGAAGAACAAGACAUGUGGAUUUAAGAAAGGCUCGCAGUCUCGGGUCCGCUCGCCGCUGCUGCAGGUCGCCGGCUCGGACGCCUCGCCGCCCUCAGAACCCUGCGCUCCGCAGACAGAGAAGAAGAAGUGCGUGGUGAACAAGACGCCCUGUGCAAGAGAGGGGAAGAAUAAAGGAGACCAACAAGACGAUACGACUCGCAGGGAGAGGGAGAAUACUCGUGGGCGAGGACGAGAAGGAAAAGGAGGUGGAGGAGGUGGAGGAGGUGGAGGAGGAGGCGGCGGUGGCGGGAAGAGGAGAAAAGGCCAGAGCAGGACAACCACUGCUGCGAGCAUCACAACCAGCUUUGUAUCCUAAUCGUCAGUGCGGGCUCGCUGGGGCGGAGAGAGAAGCAGAGACAGUGCCUCGCCCAGCGGUGACCGCCAUCGACGACCAGGUGAAAGUGAAGGAACGGAUUAACGCUGCUACGAGUUGCAGGAGAUGCAAAGAGAACAAGAGGGUUGCUGCUGUGGAGCAGGAGGCUUUGCCGAGCUCUUUGAAUAGAUGAACUUGUCUGGAAGAGACUUGUGUGACUUUCUGUUGAGGGAUCUCUGUUGAGGGGAGCAAUGCCCGGUGAAGAGACUGUGGUUCAGCAGCAUGAAUAGAACAAUAUCACUGCACCAUCAGAAGCUGGAAACCUGACAAUGAAUGAAGGAGCCUCCUCAGCUCCCUCACUUUCUCACAGUCCAAUUUUAAUCGCAACGUGUUCUUGAUUUGUUUUCGUGUCGGUAUGAGGCGGAUGGAUUCUCACAACAGCCGCUGUAAGAGAUGUUAAGACAGUGAAUAGUUUUAAGUAAAAAAAAAAGGAAAGGCACUGGAAAUUAAUUGUGGUCAUUGAGGACAGGAGGGUCGACGGAGUGGACUACAACAGACUUUGGCCAUUUCGUAUCGUAGUCGUUUGUUCAAAAGUUGAUGUAUCGGAAAAAAACUUCGCACAAAAAAAAAUGGAGAAUUAAAAAAACAAUAAUAUUUGCAUGGUACAAGGUUGCAUGAGUGUGCAAUU